GACGCUGCCGCUGCGUGUGACGUCAGCGCGUCAGCUGUUUUGUGUUUACAUCGCUGGUCUUUUUGUUUGUUGUUGUUCUCCGCGGCGAAGUUCAGCUCCGCUGUUUUCUGCGCCCAGAAUGUCGUAGCAGAAUCCGGAAAGUACGCGGCCGCGCAGUCGAUGGACAGACACGCCGUCGUUUCGUAUGAAACAGCUGCUCGUUUCCACACGACAGUGAAAGGCCUCAAGCAGGUCAGACCCUAGACUCUCGCUCUCCUUUCACCAUGGGUGGUGCUGUCAGCGCUGGAGAGGACAAUGACGAGCUGAUCGACAACCUGAAGGAGGCUCACUACAUCCGCUCAGACCUGGUGGAAAGGGCUUUCCGAGCCAUUGACCGAGCCGAUUACUAUCUGGAGGAGUACCGGGACAGUGCCUACAAAGACUUGGCCUGGAGGCAUGGCAACCUCCACCUUUCUGCUCCUUGCAUCUACUCUGAGGUGAUGGAGGCCUUGGAGCUGCAGCCUGGCCUGUCCUUCCUCAAUCUGGGCAGUGGUACGGGCUACCUCAGCACCAUGGUGGGCCUCAUCUUAGGGCCGUUUGGGGUGAAUCAUGGCGUGGAGCUGCACGCGGAUGUAGUGGAAUAUGCCUACCAGAAACUGGACUACUUCAUUAAAACCAGCGACAGCUUUGACAAGUUCGAGUUUUGUGAGCCCUCCUUCGUGGUUGGGAACUGUCUGGAAAUCCCUCCAGAGAGCCGGCAAUAUGACCGAGUGUACUGUGGGGCUGGAGUUCAAAAGGAGUAUGAGAACUACAUGAAGAACCUGCUGAAAGUUGGUGGAAUCUUAGUUCUCCCUCUAGAGGAGAAGCUGACCAAGAUCACCCGCACUGGUCAAAAUACCUGGGAGACCAAGAAAAUCAUCGCUGUGACCUUUGCUCCGCUGGUGCAGCCCAAACAAAGCAUCACCGGGGGAGGCAGGAGUGUGCCCCUGCCCAUGUUCGAGGUGCGGACGCUGCAGGAUCUGGCACGAAUCUCCAUCCGACACACCCUACGUCAGCCUAUGGCGGUGGCGGAGGGCCGCGCCAAGCGGCGGGUUUCUUUCCCCGGCGCUCGUGCGAUGCACCGCUACGGCCCCCGUUUUGAGCGGAGGCGCUUCUGCCGCCGCUUCUACCGCCAGUGCGUCAACUCUGUGGUGAUCCACGACUCCAUGAUCCCUACAGCGGCCAUGGACGAGUGCCAGUACCCGGGAGGGGUGGAGGAGGAAGAGGAGGAGGCCAAGGAGGAAGAGGAGAGGGGCUGCCGCAGGGCAGGGGAAGACCUGCCGGAGGAGGAUGAGGAGGAGACCACCACCGGAGACGAAGACGAGAAGAGCAAGAGCGGCUGCGUGAGGGCGGAGCCGCCGGUCAACGUCUUGAGGGAGAAGAUCCUGGGACUCCCUUUGCCUGAGCCGCUCAAGAUGUAUCUGCUGUAUUACCGUGACAAAUGAGGUAUUAAUGUGACGUCCGAGGUGAUUUGAGAUCCAGCAGCCUUUCGCCUCCCCACUCCUCCGCUAACCCGAGCAACCCCACCUAGAUUAAUCCUUCAGUUAUGGUACUAUCAUUGUCCUUUGUCCUGUAAAGAAGCAAGGCUAGGUUCUGGAGUCGCAAAUGAGAACUGAAGUGGGUUUCUCUACUGUCUUAGAUUUGUUUGAGCUCAUUUUUGAGCCUCUUCUGACAGCAUUUUCUCAUUUUAGCAGUAUUCCCCUCUCCAGAUGCAGUGAAAUAUCAAAUAUCCAAUGGAUGGACACGACCUUCACGGUGCUGGCACAAGAUUUCAGUGAGAUUAGAGCGCGUUGCAGCGACAUGACUGAGAGUAGCAUCGCUUUGGCUGGGAAGGUGGACGUGAAGGACAAAAGCAUCGUUAUUUUUCUAUAGCUUUACGAAAGACCCCAAAGUCGGCCCUCCACUGUUGGACUUUUCUUUCCUUGCCUACUGUGUUCUCUCUUCAUAAGGUACUGGAUGCUGUUUGCAUGUGUAGAGCUACUGUGCACCUGCAUUUUAUCGGUAUUCAAGUUUGUGGUGAUGCGUUUCAACACUUUACACUGUGUAAAUCAGAUUACCAUCUGGGGGUGACGCUACGUUUGACACGGUCGCUGUAACGUCAGGUUACCCAGGUGAGGGCGUGCACGUCACAGUUCCUAUCAACUGAAUUGCGUGCAGUGCCCCAAGGUCUCUCCACACAUUCAUCCAAACGGUAAUUUGGGACUUACCAAAAGCUUUAGGACACGUUUUUUGGUCUAAUCUUCAUAUUUCAUUACAUCAUAAAGUCAAAGUUACUUUUUUAUAAAAGAAACGAUUUUGCUCAGAAACUGUCCCUACUCAGGAAUAUUGCGAGGUUAAACCUUUUUGGGGUUUUUUGUUUUUUUUUUGGAACAUUAGUUACAAAGACCAAAAAUUAAGUCAUGUGGGUUUUUUCCAACCAAAAAAGAAAAAACAAGAAUGCUUGUUGCAUCGUUUUAUAUUAACCUAAUUUUAAAAAUGGGUUCUACAAGUGAUGCUAUGAGCAUCUAAAUUAUAAGGGAUGGAGAAAACAGGCCUCUACUCACCAGACUGGGUUUCUGUAAAAGUGCUUUUCCUUAUUUUUCUUUGAUUAUGGACAGUGAGACCAAUGCUUGGUGGCCCUUAAAACCAAGAUGGCAUCAUUACUAAGUUGUGGAAACCUGUUUAAGGUGACAGCAUAAUCUAAACAACAGUUUGAAAUGAUUGUAUGCUUUUAGGUAAUGUAUAGAUCUUUCAAUAAAUUUCUGAGAUUGCACAUGCA